UGCUCUAUCAAGGAGUUACUAUGCUCAUUGUAUCUGUUGUAGUUUCUGUGAAAAUAAAUAGGAGGCAUUACUUUUGGCCUAGGUAUACGUGGCCCAUGACAAUUCCUCCUCACUCAGUGUGGCCCAGGCAAGCCAAAAGGCUGAACACCCAUUCCCCAAUUGGAUUAUUUAAAGCUGCUCUAUUUCUCUAACACAAUGUCCAUGAAUUACUGUUGGUUGUGCUGAAUUUUCUAUUCAGGGUGGGGACCUCAUCAUGCCAGAAAAAUGACAUUUUUUAGCUAACGCUAUUUAUUCUCUUAAAACAGUCUUUCAAAUGUAUUAAAAUAACAUAACAUAAGCAGAACACUUUCUUUUUGAUCACUGAAAUGCUCGGUUUGAUUCAAGUGGAUCUGUUUUAAUCCAGUCUGGUGCUCCGUGUUGGACAUGGUUUAGUGGGCAAUAUUGGUGGGAGGUGAACAGAUGGACUAGAUGAUCUUACAGGUCUUUUCCCACCUUAUGAUUCCAUGUUUUUGGUGGUUCUGGUGGUACAAGUAACUCUGUUCAUGCCUGAACUCCACUGGUAGCUAUGUACUGAAAGCACUGGGGCCGGGCAGACCUGCUGCUGAAUGUAGACCAGUGAGAGGAAUGCCUGCAGCCCCAUCUCAGCCCUUCCUGCCAGUCGCUGAUGCCAAAACCGUGUUUCUCUUUGACCAUUCUUGCCUCUUCACUUAUUCUUCUGGGUUAAAGGCAAUGGGUUAAAUGCACUGGGUUAAAAAUUUUUGUGCAGUUUUCCUUCACUCAGCAGAUUAGUAGUGAAGAAUUGGUAACUCUUUUGAAGAACUCUGGUAUUGCUGUUUCCCAGUGAUGACAAUGAAUGAUAUUACUGGUCACUGAAUGUUCUUCUGUGGCAACAGUGCAUAAUAUUCCGGCAGGUGUUGUGUAAGUGCAAGGCAGUUUCCUGUACUGCUUAUCCCCAGUAACCCAUUUGUGUUUAUUCUGAAUACCUUCAGGAAAUUCUUUGCUUCAUCAAAGAUCACAAUAAUAGCAAGGUGUUGCAUUCAGCAUCCAGCCCACACAGUUUUUUUGUGCUGCCAUGUAUCACUGAAAAGAUUAAGUUGUGCAAGCUGUAGGUAUCUGAGUUCAUUCUUCUGAUAGAAAAAUUAAAUGUGACUGUUACCAGCUCCUGCUAAUAGAAAAAGAAAGAAUUCCACUGUUAAAUUAUUUAUUUUGUCAUGAGGAAUAAAGUUUUUUUUUACAAAAAUCGUGGUCAGUACUUUAGAGGAGAAGUGGUUAAGGAUGAAGAUAUGGGACAGCUGCUGAAUACAAAGCUAACUAAAAAACAUGGGACAAAGGGCAAAACUUAUUGUUUUUGCAGCUUCACUCAGGUUACACACAUUUCACGUGGACAAGAAAUUAAUCAAAAGCCUUCUUAUUAUUUUUCCAAGCUGGUGGAUAGCUUCAUCCUCUGUAAGAAUAGGAAAGAAAAUGACCUGAAUAUCAGCGAUCACUCACCUAAGCUUGUAGCAAGACUAACAAUUUCUAUUUAGCAGCUGAAAAAGGAAAAUCAAUAGAAAGGAACAGAUUUCAGAGCCAUCAUAGAGUGCGUUGUCCCCUGCUAUUUCUGCAGGCUCUUCCAGAGGCAAACCAGGUUUCGUUCCUUGCUGGAUAGUGCUCAUGUAUGCUCAACAGGUGCCUCUAAACAGCAUUACAUCAGUUUGGCAAGAUUCUGAAGCAAUCUUCCAGACUGCUGAAAGUAAUGAUAAAAAUUAAGAAAAAAAUAAAAAUGAAGCAGUUGAUUGGACUUCAGAUCAUUUAGGAUUAUUACAGUGAGAACAGAUGGAAGAGGGAGGACAUUUACAGUGAACAAAUGGAAACUUGAAACAUCCUUCAGUUCCAUGUGAAGGAAAAAGAAUCUCAGAGAAUCAAAUACCAAGUGCUCUGGUGUAAGACCAAGUAACCUUCCAUAAUGCAGAUGAUGUUAGCAGCCUCAAAGAACAAAUCUAUGAUCUAUGUGGAUCAGUCAAGCUACAGACAAGAUGAUCGUGUCAGUAGUUCAAGUCCUUUAAAAGCUGUUGGUACAAAAUACAUGAAAGCGUGUUGGGGAACUUUGCAUUUAAUUGAACUGAAAGAAACAUGUUUUGCUGUGCAUAACCUAAGUGAAUUCAACUAAUAAUUAAUCAAUUCAUAACUGAAUGGUCUUUCUUCGGUUAAUUUCAAGAUUGUGUUCGUCGUUUUCAUUAUUUUCGUUACAGGAAAACAAUAGCAACAAUUCCAUUAACUUUCUUACGCAGUCUACAGCAUCUCCAUUUGUAUCCUGCCAUGAAGAUUUGUAAAUUACGGACUCUACAAUCAUUGUGGACUCUGAAACCUCCUUGUAGGACUUUCCAUAGACACCCCAGGCUGCUUGUCUCUGAUGUGCAUUCCCAGUACGAGUCUGUCAGGCGUGGUGAACAGGAAAUACCAAAGUACUUUAACUUUGCAAGUGAUGUACUGGACAAAUGGUCUGAGAUUGAAAAGGCUGGAAAAAGACCAUCAAACUAUGCUUUUUGGUGGAUAAGUGGAAAUGGAGAAGAAGUGAAAUGGAGCUUUGAGGAGCUGGGAUUCCUUUCUCGGAAAGUGGCCAACGUGUUGACUAAAGUAUGUGGACUGCAAAAGGGGGACAAAGUCAUUGUGGUCCUGCCACGAAUCCCAGAAUGGUGGCUGGUGAAUGUGGCUUGCAUUCGAGCAGGAAUUGUCUUAAUUCCAGGAACAUCCCAGUUAUCAGCCAAAGACAUAUUAUAUCGUCUCCAGGCUUCAAAGGCUAAGUGCAUCAUUACCAAUGACACUUUGGCUCCUGCAGUAGACUCAGUGGCAUCUGAGUGCCAGUUUCUUAAAAACAAGCUGAUGGUGUCCAAAGGCAGCAGGGAGGGAUGGCUGAACUUCAAUGAACUGUACAAAAACCAGUCUGCUGACCAUUCCUGUGUCAAAACAAGGAUUCAAGAUUCGAUGAUUAUCUUCUUUACCAGUGGAACCACAGGUUCUCCAAAGAUGGCCGAACAUUCCCAGGGCAGUCUUGGUUUUAGACCCCUGCUAUGUGAAAGGUACUGGUUGGAUGUGGCUCCAUCAGACACAGUGUGGGGCAUUACAGACACAGGCUGGAUAGUAACUUCAGUGACAUCUGUUUUUGAUGCCUGGGCUUUGGGAUCAUGUGUCUUUGUCCACCAGCUCCCACAGAUUGAAUCAUCAGUUAUCCUAAAUACUCUCUGCAAAUUCCCUAUUGACACCAUAAUAAGUGCUCCCACGCUGUACCGCAUGCUGGUGCAAAAUGAUCUCUCCAGUUACAAAUUCAUGAACCUGAAGCACUGCAUGAGCGGAGGGGAGCCACUAAACCCAGAAGUCAUUGACCAGUGGAAAAGCAAGACAGGGCUAGACAUCCACGAAGUAUAUGGCCAGACUGAAGCGGGAAUAAUCUGCUCUGUUUCUAAAGGAAUGAAGAUCAAACCUGGAUCAAUGGGAAAGGCCGCUCCCCCAUUUGAUGUUCAGGUUGUAGACAAAAAUGCUAAUAUUCUGCCUCCAGGACAACAGGGGGAAAUUGCUAUCAGAAGCAAACCCGUAAGACCACUUGGUUUAUUCACUGAAUAUGUAGAUAACCCUAAGAAAACUACAGAAAGCGAGCGUGGAGAUUUUUACAUCACAGGGGACAGAGCGACUAUGGAUGAAGAUGGAUAUUUUUGGUUUAUUGGAAGAGACGAUGACAUCAUCAUUUCUUCAGGGUAUCGCAUUGGGCCAUUUGAGGUAGAGAAUGCCCUGAUAGAACACCCAGCGGUAGCAGAAACAGCUGUUGUCAGCAGUCCAGAUCCCCUCAGAGGAGAGGUUGUGAAAGCAUUUGUGGUCCUGUCUGAUGCCUUUUCAUCCACUGAUUGUGAGAGCUUGGCCCGCGACUUGCAGGAGCAUGUCAAGAAAACUACCGCUCCAUAUAAAUAUCCCAGGAAGGUGGAAUUUGUCCAGGAGCUGCCAAAGACAGUCACUGGGAAGAUAAAGAGGAGUGAAUUAAGAGCCAAAGAGUGGGGACGGAUGUAGCGUUGUGUGGAAUUUAACAGAACUUCUGUUGUUCCAUUAACAAAAAUCGGCCUGGUCUGUUUUUGUUAAAUGCCUGAGCAUCAAAACCUGUAGAUAAUGCCGAAGUGUGAUGUUUGCAUCUGUUUGCAGAUCUGUUUGCAAAUCAUACAACUCCAUUCUAGACCUUACUAUCCAAAAGUUCACCAGAACUUUGCUGGUGACCCAUCUCAUAUAUAAUAACAUCCAAGAUUGUGAAGGGAUAGUGCUGAUACAGACUGUCUAGCUCCAAGCUGUAUAAAGAGACACAUGUGGAUUUGAGUUGCUCACAUGCACUGUCCUUAAAUGCAGCAUGCUUUAAACUGAAUACAGUCCUUCUAACAUUUACUGAAGAUGGAAAGACUCCUCUAUUGAUACUGGAAGACCUUCCUAAACCUAUGUUUAAUAUGUGUUGAUGACAAGUACUGCCAGCUUCUCCCAUGCUUUUUUGACAAAUGUUUAAUACAGAGAGCGGUUUUGUUGCUCAUCCUCUAUUCUGAUCUUCACAUACAAUAGGCAAAAUUCCUGUACUACCUCUGAUGGUCUUUAAAACAAAGUUUGCUGUUUGGCAAGUCACCCAGUUUGUAGACUAAACCACAGUUCUUUGCCACUUGCUGCACGACCAGGCUACAUCAGCAGCCACUUACGUAGAGGUGAAACCGGUAAGCAAACUCCCACAGUCUGGUUUAGAUGAUCACAUCUGCUUAACUUCCAGCUCUUAGCUUUCUGAAGAAGUACGUACUAUAAUGUGCACAUCCUUCCUCCUUACAGUUGCACAUGAAAUAGUGUGCCAAGCUUUAAGGCUGUAUUAGUUGUUAGCUGUUCAGCCUCAGGCUUUUUUUAA